AUGACAAUUGCUCGUGGUAGGAAGUGCGGUACUCUCUACAAGACAGAAGGAGCUUGUCAUUUGAUUGCAGUUGCAAUGAAUGAAAGUCCUAACCUAUGGCACCAAAGGUUAGGUCAUAUGAUUGAGAAAGGGAUGAGGAUCAUGCACUCAAAGGAGAAACUAUCAAGUCUUCGGUCAACAGAAAUUGACAUCUGUGAAAAUUGUAUACUUGGAAAGCAGAAACGAGUAAGCUUUCAGACAUGUGGAAAAAUCUUGAAGAAAGAGAGACUUGAGCUUGUUCACUCUAAUGUUUGGGGUCCAAAAACUGUCUCAUCCAUUAGUGGUAAAGGGAUGUUUUAUGACCUUUAUGGACGACCACUUUAG